AUGUUCUAUUACCUGAUUUGUACCUUUAACUUCUCAGAACAGUCGGGAAGUCGUCGUUACACUUUUAGGAUCGACGCACCUCUUUGCUCCUCGAUAGCCCUAGUAAUUAAUGAGACAACUUGGCACUUUCUCAGCCCUUUGCCUCAUAAAGCAGGACGAUGGCAGGGCAAAUUGGACGUUGGAGACCGAUUAGGUCAGCUUUCUGUUUACGCGCGAUUUUUACCUCAUCCCUUGGCCUCGACCACGGCGGAUGAUCGUGGUUCAGACUUUCGCCAGGUUGGGAGACUGGAAAAAUCAUCCAUUGAGGGCAUUGCAAGAAGGCGGAGAGCUGAAGCCGAGAGACAAAACGAGAUUGCCUACGUGAAGCUUCUCGAUUACGUUCUGGUGCACGAUUCAGAAUUUAUAUAA